AUGCAAUCGAGCUCGAACACUUCGCUUAGUGAAGAAGACAAACGAGCCAUUCUCAAGGAAAAAUACCUACGAUUUAUAGCGAAACUUUCCGAGACACCGGCUAACAUUGAAAUGUGCGAAUCGACAAAUGUCAAAGUGCAAUCAAUCAUUGUACAACCAAACUCGGAAAACUUCAUUGUAUCACAAUUAGAAACACCAAUUGGUCUUCUUGAUAAUGCGGUGCUUCGUGGGUCGGAUAUCGUUAAAAUCAAAAUAGAGACUACUAAGCGCUAA